GGAGAGAAGGGGAAGGACUCCAACAACCGACUAUUUUUCAUUAUCAGUUUUUCCUUCUCUCUCUUUCCUCCUUUGCUCUUCCCUUCUUUCUAGAGGUUUUAUACACAUCCGAUAUUCUCAAAAUGCUCAGGCUUGCGGGGGGUAGGCCUUUUUUGGCGGCUUUGAAGAGUAUUCAGAGCUCGCAGGUGAAGAAUGGAAUUUCGCAGAAACGACAAUUGUCAAUUCAUGAAUACCUUGCCGCGAAUUUGCUGAAGUCGUAUGGCGUCGGAGUUCCUGGAGGAGCGUUCGCGAAGACUGCGGAGGAGGCGGAGGCUGUGGCGAAGGACAUUGGUGGAGAGGACAUGGUUAUUAAAGCACAGGUCCUCGCCGGUGGUCGUGGGAAAGGCACGUUCGAUAACGGACUCAAGGGCGGUGUGCGCGUGAUUUUCUCACCCGCCGAAGCCAAAUUUUUCGCCAGCCAAAUGAUCGGCCAGAAACUUAUCACCAAGCAGACCGGCCCAGGGGGGAAGCUCUGCACAGGAGUCUACAUCUGCGAGCGUAAGUUUGCGCGCCGAGAAUUCUACCUGGCGAUCCUGAUGGACCGGGCCACGCAGGGUCCCAUCAUCGUCUCGUCUUCCCAGGGCGGUAUGGAUAUCGAAGGUGUAGCUAAGGAGGACCCGGACGCUAUCGUUACCACCCCCAUCGACAUCCACAAGGGCGUCACGGACGAGGUUGCUACCAAGGUUGCUACCAGCCUGGGUUUCUCGGAGCAGUGCAUUCCCGAGGCUGUACAGACUAUCAAGAAUCUGUACAAGGUGUUUGUGGAGAAGGAUGCUACGCAGAUUGAGAUCAAUCCGCUCAGUGAGACAAAUGAUCAUAAGGUAUUGGCUAUGGAUGCUAAAAUGGGGUUCGACGACAAUGCGGACUUCCGGCAGGAGGAAAUUUUCUCGUGGAGGGAUAAGACCCAGGAGGACCCAGAUGAGGUCAAAGCUGCUGAGCAUGGCUUGAACUUCAUUAAGCUCGACGGUGAUAUAGGAUGUUUGGUUAAUGGUGCUGGUUUAGCUAUGGCUACCAUGGACAUUAUCAAGCUUAACGGCGGUCAGCCGGCCAACUUCUUGGACUGUGGUGGCGGAGCUACUGCACAGGCCAUUGAGCGGGCUUUCCAGCUUAUCACUAAUGACCCUAAGGUCACUGCCAUCUUUGUCAACAUCUUUGGUGGUAUCGUCCGCUGCGACGCUAUUGCCAAGGGAUUGAUUGCUACUGUCGAGAACAUGAACCUCAGAAUCCCUAUCGUCGCUAGACUUCAGGGAACCAACAUGCAAGAAGCGCAGAGGCUGAUCGACGGGUCAGGUCUCAAGAUCUUCUCUUUUGAGGAUCUGCAAGACGCUGCUGAGAAGGCAGUUCAGUUCUCAAAGGUUGUUAAGAUGGCUCGCGAUAUCGAUGUUGGCGUUGAAUUCACCCUUGGGAUUUAGGGGGAGCGUGGGAAGUUAUCGUACGUAGUAACGUUAGUCGCGCAUAAAAAAAAGAGAGACCUAUGAUAUCAUUAGAAAGGCGGGGGGAGGUUUGUUGCGAAAACGCGAGGCCCUAGAAGUGUAUAAUUUGUUCCUUUUACUAUCAUUUAUUUUUUCCCUCAGCAAAAGGAGGAUAUUCUCUGUUUUGCGUGAGUUGAGCUGAGUUGAGUUGUG